AUGUCUCAGGGCCACACCAUCCCCCUCCUCCACCUCUCCGGCAUCCUCUUCCACCGCUGCAUCUCCAUCACCAUCAUCACCACCCCUGCCAACUACUCCGCCGUUAGAGCCACCGUCACGGAUGGCUCCAUCUCCGUUAUCGAUAUCCCAUUCCCAGGUGCCCCUCCCGGGGUAGAAGUUUCCGGUAAACUACCAUCCAUGUCGUCGUUAAUUGAUUUCGUGAAAUCCACAGAAAAACUCCAACCUGGGUUUGAAGAAGUCGUUCGCAGUCUACCGCCGGUCACCUGCAUAAUCUCCGAUGGGKUUUUCAGUUGGMCUCAAGACUCUGCAGAUAAGCUCGGGAUUCCCCGUUUGGUUUUCUACGGGAUCAACAUUUUCUCCAUGACCAUGGACCACAUCAUGACCCAGUUCAAGCCACAUGCAGCGGUUAAUUCCGAUGACGAGCGGUUUCAGGUGCCGGACUUCCCUCGGCUCAAGUURACGGUGAACGACUUCCAACCUCCAUUUAACGAGGUUGAUCCCAAAGGUCCYUUGCAYGAUUUUCACGUCAAGCAGCAGGCGGCUAAUGCCAAGAGUCAUGGCAUGGUGGUGAACAGUUUCUACGAACUGGAACCAGAGUUUAUCGAUUACUGGAACCAAAGAGUCGGUCCCAAAGCUUGGUGUGUCGGACCUUUCUGUAUAGCCAAACCAAAACAAAAGCUGGUGGAAAAUCAAAAGCCGACAUGGGUCCAGUGGCUCGACGAAAAGCUUCAGCCGGAGUUAUAUGUGUCGUUUGGCACAAUGGCCGAGACGUCGCCGGAGCAGKUACGUGAGGUSGCCGUUGGUUUGGAGAWGUCAAACGUAAACUUCAUGUGGAUACUGARAUGGAAGCAGUUGGAGUKGAUAGGAGGUGCAGGGUUUGAAGAGAGGGUGAAGGGGAGAGGGAAGGUGGUGACUGAAUGGRUAGACYAGGUGSAGGUUCUGAAUCAUCAAAGCGUAGGUGGGUUUCUGAGUCACUGCGGAUGGAAUUCGAUUCUAGAGAGCUUAUCGGCAGGUGUGGCGGUGUUGGCGAUGCCGUUGAUGGCGGAUCAGCACCUGAMUGCUCGGAUGGUGGUGGAGGAGAUUGGGAUGGGAUUGAGAUUGUGGGCAAGGGAGAAGGUGGCGCGUGGGUUGGUGGGGGCGGAGGAGGUGGAGAAGAUGGUGGUGGAGUUGAUGGAAGGGGAUGGUGGGAGAAGGGUGAGGGAGAGGRUGGCGAAGGUGAAGGAGGGUGCACAUGGUGCAAUGAAGGAAGGUGGAUCAUCAUGGCGGACGUUGAGCUCGUUGAUAGAUCAUGUCUAUGUACCAUAA